AUGCCUUUUUUUUCACGUUCAAAGUCUCCAUCAACCACUCUAAGAGAUAAUCAAGAAGUACAGGAAAGAAAGAUUCAAACAUCUUACACUACAGGUAUUACUGGAAUAAAUUCAUCACCCACCAGAAAUACAGGUUCUAUAGCCAAUUUAAUGACUUUUAGUUCAUAUCGUGCUAGGAUGACUAUUAACAGCAAAUUGAAAGAAGGUAAAGAAAAUGCCAGCAAUUGCGAAGUUACUGAUUCUGUUACCUCUACCGAGACAGUGAUUGCCGAAAAUCCUGAAAAUGUUUCCGAAGUUAUAGAAUGUACAACUCCUGGUGAAUUUAAACCAUUACAAGAAGCCAAUACUGAUUCAACUAUUUCAAAUUUUAAUGACAAUGAUAAACAAAAUGCUGAGCAGAAUGACGACAAAACUGAAACAAUCCCAGAACAAAUUCAAACUCCAGAACAAAAUCAAGAAAAUAUUCCGAACAAUAACCUAACUAACUCUCAUAUUCCAGAAAACUUGGAACAGAUGAAAACUAAGUUAUACAAGAAUUCAAAAGACAAAGAUAAUGAAACGAAUGUAAUAGAGGAACAAGAGGAAUUCCAAGAUGCAAGGGAGCCAGAGCCAAUACCAAAUGAAAAUGUUGAUCUAUUUGAAUCAUCUGUUAAAGAAAUGCAAAAUCCCAAAUCAUUGAAUGAUCCUUCAAAGAAAAAAAUCACAGAGUUAAGAAAAGAGACAAUUAACCUUAAAACUGAACUUAAAAUAGCAAAAAAAAAUAUCACAACUCUGGAAGAAGAAAAGAUGACUUUAAAAAAGAAACUUGAAAACAUUUCUUCUAAAUCUCAAGAAAAGGAAAAGUCUCUCAAACAGCUAAGAGAUUUAAUUUUGAAAUUAAGGGAAGAGACAAGAAUUAACUUUAAUAAUGAUAAGAAAGAAAUAAUGAAAUGCAAAGAGGUUAUACCGGAAAUUUUGCAAAAUAUCAAAAAUCUGGAAAGUUCAAUGCAGAAAAAACAAGAACUAACGAACAGAUCUUUGGAGACAGCUCUGACAAGUUCGAACGAGAUUAUGAAAAAGAAACUAGAUACUCUUUUUGAAAACGAUGCUAAAAAAGCCCAUGAAUACGAAAGGCAAUUAAAUUGUUAUGCUAAAGCCCAAGAACAAGUCGAAUACGUUAUCUUAAACCUGAGACUUUUUGAAGUAGAUCUUUCUGAGAUCAUUAAUGAUAUCCUUAAAGAAGUUUCCGAAAAUGAUAUUGAUGAAGAUAAAGAUCAGUUUAACAUAUCCAAGCUCUUCGAAAAGAAAUUCAAAGAACAACAUAAUAGUAUAAUUGGCUUCCGCACAAAAGAUGACAAUUAUAUCCUUGGUGAAAUGAGUUUAUUUUUGGAUAAAAUGAAAGUGACAAUUAAUGAAAAAAUGAUAAGGGAUGUAGAAAAAUGUGUUAUGAAACUUAAUUCUACUAAAGACCAGUCUUAUUUAGCAUUUGAGAAAAAAAUUGCUGAAUUUCAAGGGCUAGACAAAACUCAAAAAUCUCAAAUAGUUGAAGUUACUGAAAAAAAUAAUACCUUGAAAAAAAUGAGUGAUAGAAUGAUAAAGGAGAAGAACAUCAUCAGUGCCAACUUAGAAACACAAACCCAAUUGGCUGAAGCAAAUUCACGUCGUCUCGCUGAACUAAUAGGCGAUGAAACCAAGAAAAUCACAUAUGAGCAAAUGUUAUUAAAUAAUUCCGAUACAUCUAGAGAUACAUAUGAUUUUCUAGAAGUUGAUGAUGUUGACAAAUUAACAAUGGUUGAAUUACAGAAUGUUAUUAAAAAUUUAAUAAUUCUACUUAAUAUACCAUUCAGCAAACUUGCUAAAAAAAUACCUCUAAUUGGGAUAUAUUUGAUUUAUGAACGAAAUAUGUAUGCAUAUUUUGUCAAUCGCCUGUACUAUCAAUUAAAUGGUAAACAACUUAUGCUAACCGAUUACAAUCGUGAAGCUUUCAAUCAGUAUAUAACCACCAAUUCGCUUAAUAACAUCAGACAUCCAUUAGAAGAGUGUCUUGAAACAUUAUGUAAUCGUAUUAUUACUAAGCUAUAA